AUGUCAGAACCUGUAAUCUCAGACAUCACCAUUCCAGCGCACAUUGAUGCAUUUCCCAUCAAAGCUACGUUGUUUGCCCCGCAAACUACCGAACCUUCCACUUCCACCACAUUACCCUCAGCGGUCCUCAUAAACUCGGCGACCGGGGUGCCCCGACGCUUCUAUAGCAACUUUGCCAAGUAUCUGGCAUCAGCUCAUUCUUGCCCCGUUUUGAUUUACGAUUACCGCGGGCAUGGCGAUUCCCUUCCAGAGGAAGGCGGGUUGGCCGCACUCAAGAAUACCCAUAUCCACAUUCAUUGGGCCACGUACGAUCAACCCGCGGCAACCGCUCACCUCCACACUCUGUAUCCAGAUCGGGGCAUAGUUAUCAUUGGUCACAGCGUGGGAGCGCACAUUGCCCCCCUGAAUCCUCUAAAGCAUCUCGUAACCCGAUACAUUUUUGCGGCAAGCAAUAACGCAUUCUGGGGUUAUCACUCUCGACCUUUAGUGACAUUUGCGUUUCCUUGGAUGGUAGAAGUGCUGGGAGCAGUUGCGGGAUACUUUCCGGCCAAGAAAAUUAAACUUUGCGAUGAUAUUCCGUUGGGAGUCGGCCGGGAUUGGGCAAGGUGGACACGGUGUCCCGAGUAUUGCACGACUGAACCAGAGGUGAAGGACGCAUAUGACGCAUUUAAACCUGAAUCUGCUAUCGGUAUAGCGGCGACGGAUGAUCACUUAUGUGCGGAUAGGCGGGCGUUUGAUGAGUGGUUUGCUUUAAUGCCGAAUGCCAAGGUGCGCUUUUAUUAUGUAGAACCCAAAGAGCUAGGCGCUAAGGAGGUUGGUCACAUGGGACUAUUUAAAAAGGCGUGCAAAGAUGGGUCGUGGGAUGCGAUAGCGCGUUACAUUAUUGAGGGCGUAGAACCUAGAUUUAAGACCACAGAGACUACAGCAAAGUUAUAG